AUGGUGAACGAUCAAAACCCCUCCAAAGCAGCCGCUCGAGCAAACCAAGUCUCAGACCACCUGAACGGAUCAAGUCACACAUCCAACACAAGUCGCCGGAGACGUCGAGAAAAGAAGAAAGACGACCUGCCAGAUGAUUACAGCGAUAUCCUCUCACAGAUCUCCCAGCUCCGAGAAAUAGCGAACACACCUGAUCAAUCCAGGCGAGGUUACGUUCGGCAAAAGCAAGACGGCAAGCUCUGGGUCCGAGAACGAAUCGACAAACUCCUAGACCCGGAAUCGUUCCAAGAAAUAGGUUCUAUAUCCGGGACUGUCAAAUGGAAGCAACUGGAGAAUGGCAGGGAAGAAAUCGAAUCUUACCUGCCGCACAACAAUGUCCAAGGAUACGGCCGUCUCAAUGGAAGACAAAUUGUCUUCACUGCCGAUGAUUUCAGUAUCCGAGCAGGCCACCAGGACGGUCAUUUGAUGGCAAAAACAUUACAUACUGAGAAGCUCUCGAUCGCAAUGAAAAUUCCAAUGAUCAAGUUGACGGAUGGAUCAUCUGGUGGCGGGUCCAUCAGCACGAUCGCCACCACCGGCUUCAGCUAUGUACCACCUAUGAGCGGAUUCGAAGUGGUAACGAAGCAACUGAAUAUGGGCAUUCCAAAUCUCGGUGCCGUUUUAGGUCCAGCGAUAGGUCUGGGAGCAGCGAGAGUCGUAAGCUGCCAUUUCAGCGUAAUGGCAGCAAAUGUCGGCUCGCUCUUCAACGCUGGUCCACAAGUUGUGAAGGGUGCGACGUUUGAGGAAGGCCUUUCUUUCACGGAUCUAGGAGGACCAGCUAUGCACUGCACAAAUGGCACAAUCGACAAUCUUGCCGCGAGUGAGGAAGAAUGCUUCGAGCAGAUCCGUACCGUUCUUGGAUACUUACCGAAUUGCGGUACCAGCUCCGCUCCGCCAACAAUUGAUUGCUCUGAUCCAGUAACAAGAGAAGACAACGCUCUUCGAAGCAUCAUCCCCCGAAAGCGAGAAAGAAUGUACAACCCAAGAAAAAUCAUAAUCAGCAUUGUCGACGACCGUUCUUUCUUCGAAAUUGGACCUCUAUGGGGCCGAACAGUAAUCAUCGGACUAGCACGACUAGGUGGUCGUCCCGUCGGUAUUCUUUCCAACAACGCAGAACUCAACACCGGUGCUCUAGAUGCAGCAGGCUCUCAAAAGCUCACGCGUCACCUGAAAUUCUGCGACAUCUUCAACCUGCCGAUUCUACAAUUCGUGGAUUGCCCGGGCUACACAGUCGGAACGGUAGCCGAAAGACAAGCAACAAUGCGAUGGGGUGUCGAGCUCACGAAAGCCUACUAUACGACAACGAUACCCAUCUUCAGCGUCAUUAUUCGAAAAACUUUCGGAGUAGCCGGAGGCGUGAUGGUAGAUUGUCGUGACCCACAUCAGAGGGUAGCCUGGCCGAGUGGAGAAUGGGGCUCCUUACCGCUCGAUGGAGGGAUCGAAGUCUCUCACUCCUUCGAACUGAAGAAGAUUGAGAAAGAACACGGGGUCGAGGCGAGGAAGGAGAGGUACAAAGAGUUGGACACCAUAUACCGACGCUUGAUGAACCCGGUACGAACGGCAAAUCAGUUCAGUAUCGAGGAGAUCAUCGACCCGGCCAAGACGAGAGGAGUGGUGUCUGAAUGGGCGAGAAUGGUGUAUGAGAGUGUGCUACCGGAGCGAGUGGUGCACAGGAUGAGUGGGAAAUUGCAGCCAUUGUAUGCCUAG